ACGCUCCGGCGAACGCCCCCGCCUUCUAUUCAUCUCGUUCGCUCUAUCUCUCCAUUCUUUCCUCUUCUUUUCCAUCCCCGCCUCAGAUCUCAUCGAGAUGGAUACCUUCCUUUUCACUUCUGAAUCUGUUAAUGAGGGUCACCCUGACAAGCUCUGUGACCAAGUCUCGGAUGCCAUCCUUGAUGCUUGCCUAGAUCAGGAUCCAGAGAGCAAAGUUGCAUGUGAGACCUGUACCAAGACUAAUAUGGUCAUGGUCUUUGGUGAGAUCACAACCAAGGGCCAAAUUGACUAUGAGAAGAUAGUUCGAGACACAUGCAGAAAUAUAGGAUUUACAUCAGCUGAAGUUGGUCUGGAUGCUGACAAUUGCAAAGUCCUUGUCAACAUUGAGCAGCAGAGCCCUGAUAUUGCUCAAGGAGUUCAUGGUCACCUUACCAAGAAACCUGAGGAAAUUGGUGCUGGUGACCAAGGUCAUAUGUUUGGGUAUGCCACAGAUGAAACACCUGAGUUUAUGCCUCUUACUCAUGUCCUUGCUACGAAGCUUGGUGCCAAGCUUACCGAAGUGAGGAAGAACAAGACAUGUCCAUGGUUGAGGCCUGACGGUAAGACCCAAGUGACUGUUGAGUACAGGAAUGAGGGUGGAGCCAUGGUUCCUGUUCGAGUUCACACAAUUCUCAUUUCAACCCAACAUGAUGAAACCGUUACAAAUGAACAGAUUGCCCAGGACUUGAAAGAGCAUGUCAUUAAGCCUGUAGUCCCUGCUCAAUAUCUUGAUGACAAUACCAUUUUCCACUUGAACCCUUCAGGUCGAUUUGUUAUUGGUGGACCUCAUGGAGAUGCGGGACUCACUGGCCGGAAGAUUAUCAUUGAUACCUAUGGUGGCUGGGGUGCUCAUGGUGGAGGUGCUUUCUCAGGGAAGGAUCCAACCAAGGUGGACCGCAGUGGUGCAUACAUUGCUAGGCAAGCGGCAAAGAGUGUGGUGGCCUCAGGGCUAGCACGUCGCUGUCUUGUGCAGGUAUCAUAUGCCAUUGGGGUGCCAGAACCGUUGUCAGUUUUUGUAGAUACAUACAAGACAGGAAAGAUCCCAGACAAGGAUAUCUUGGCUUUGAUUAAGGAGAAUUUUGACUUCAGGCCAGGUAUGAUCGCCAUCAAUCUUGACUUGACAAGGGGAGGCAACUUCAGGUACCAAAAGACUGCUGCUUAUGGUCACUUCGGACGUGAUGAUCCAGAUUUCACUUGGGAGAUUGUUAAGCCUCUCAAGCCCAAGGCUUGAGUGAGCCGAUAUUUGGCUGGAUGGAUUUUUAGCAAAUGAUUAUAAUCGUAGUCAUCAUUCUGCAAAACAGAUCGAGAAUAAGGAACAACUCCAAUGCAUACAUCUGAUGCUGAAAAGGAUGCAGGACUCAGAGGGCAGGGUUAGCAAUGUGCGCUCUUCAAAUGAGGUGUUGGUGAAAUUUUAGGAGACCGUAGUUUUUUGCUGCUUUGAUUUUCUUUUCAUUUAAUUUUAUCUUUAGUAAUUAUUUCCUUUUCAACAUGAACCCAUAAAUGUUUCUGCAAAUC